CUUCAUAGCACCCUAUAUGAUUGCUGUGUUUUAGAAUUGUGACCAGGGUCAAGGAGGAAGGAGUGAGCAGCGCUGUCAUGCUGAGCUGCUUGCAGGGCUUAAUGCACAACAAAUGCUUCCUGUCUGAUUUGUCCUCUGUGCAUAGAUAUUGGAGGAAUGGGGUCAAUGAGUGUGCCUGUGUAUUUAAUUUCCUUGUUUUAUGGAAUAUUUUUCCAUGCCAGCAAAUAUGGGAUAUAUUUAGUGUGUAGAAGGGAACUACAGAUAAAUGCAUUAUAGUGCAAAUUGUGCCUAGCAGUUAUAAUGAGGCUAAAUGUAAUCCUAAUAAAUGUUAGGAUCCUAAUGUUAUCCUAAAUGUUAUCCUAAUAAAGGAUAAGUCAGUUCUGACAGCAGCAAAACAAACAAAUUUCUUUCAGAAGUGUUAUACUUCAGUCAAAGAAUUGGCAAAGUGGAAGCUCAUCACUAUUUUAUAGAUAAUGGAAGUUGAAUGAACGGUUAUUUAAUUCCACACAAACCAGGGGAAUAAGAAAUUCCUGUCUGAUUGAGACUGAUGAUCCAGGGUGGUGAGUGAGCGUGGCAGUGUGCAAACCUGGCUGCUUUCUAUGCUGCCUUCCCUUUGGACUCUUGCAGCAUCUACAGCUGUUUAAUUCAAAUUUUCAGAGGGUUUCUCAGAACCCUUUUACAGACCCCCUAUGGACAUGUCAUCCAGCACAGUAAACAGUGAGUUUCCAUUGGGUUUAUCUGUGGCUUCCAUGAUAUUUUAAACUUCAGUUGUAUACCCCUCAGCCAUUGUAUCUCCAAACUGCAGGGUCUUGGAGAUGAAAGAUGAGUGGCCUUUCUGGUCUUUCAUCCCAAGAUACCUUUCUACCUUCUCCUUGAUUUUGGUUACCCUACUCUGCACUUUCUCUGACUCCUUUGGAGAUGUGGAGACCAGAACUAAAUAUUACUGAAUACGUGAAUGCAUCAAAUUUUAUGUAGUCAAAAUUAUGCUGCCUUUAAGCAUCCUUCCUGAUGAUGCUGAUUGUUUUGUUGGCUUUUAUAGCUGCCUCCGCACUCAGAGCAGGAAUUAGAUGUGAGCUGAGAGCUCAGCAGUGUUCUGACAGUCUAGUGGCAAAGCCUUCCUUUUGAUUUCUAGGGUAAGUGUGAGAUGAUGCUCUCUUCAAAAGUCCUCUCAGGGCUUUAUUUAGAUCCAUGACCGCCUUCGACUUUCUUGCAAAAUAUGCCUUUUCACAUGCCCUUAAACUUCCCUUUUCCAACACUGACUUUUGAGUUCCUGAAAAAAUGAUGAUGGAAGAACAGAAUAAUCUAACACUUCUGCAUGUUGUAUGUCCUCCCUGUUUAAACUAUAACAAACAGAGAACUCAGAAUGUUUCUCGAAUAAACUCCUUAUUUUGAAUUGGAGCCAGUCUGACUCCCACUGUUACCAUGUUCACCUAGAAAUAUUAUACACUGAAUUUUUCUUAAUUUCUGAAGGUUUUUUUAUGUGGAAUGAUGUGAGGAAAAUAGUGUGAUGUAGUAGGAAGUAUUAUGUGGUUUAAUUGAAGAGGGACAUGAGUCAGCAUUGUACCCUUGUUGCAGUAAAGGCAGAGUGCACAAUGGGUGGAUGCCCUAGAAAGAGCUUAGCUGUUAGGAGCUCUGUGUGCUUUUUCCUCCCACACUACCCCAACACAGGAGAGAUGUUCACAGAUGCAAGGACCUAGCAAAGACCUGCUAGGGAAGCUGGGUUUGGCUGGAAAAAAAGUCUAAUGGGGAAUCUAAUUGCACCUUUUCACCCUAAAAAAGUGAAGUUGCAGAGCAAAUGGAAAUAAAAUCUUCUGAGGGGUGCAGACUGAGAGAACAAGAUGCAAUAUGAGAAACUUUUACUGAAGUAUGAGGGAAAAAACCUUCACUGGGUCAAGCAACUGGAACAGGUUGUCCUGAGAAACUGGACAGAGGGGUGUGACUGGACAAGCCUCUGAGAAACUCCACCUCACUGUGAACCUGCCUUCAGCAGGUUUGGAUGGAUGACAUCCUUCUGAUCUCAAAACUUUGUUUGAUUCCGAGACAUUGCUAAAAUGUGUGUUGUUUUCUGCAGAUUUCUGAAUGAUCUAACAUUUGUCCUGCUUACAAAUAAACAAUUUUAGCAGGAUAUCUGAACCUUCAGCAGCAUUUCCCUGUCAUACUCUUGGACAGUAGUAUUGGAAAAAGUUGUGACUGUGUGUUUUGGAGUGCUUUUAUGGGUGGUGCUGUAGUACUCUGGAGACUUCACACUCAGACACUUCAAAGCCUUUCUGUGUUCCAAAAUCACCCACCCUUGUUCUAACCCCACCAGCCUCACUGAUCACUGAAAAUGCUGAGCAGUUUUCAAAAUGCCAGCCCUGCUUCUCAGUGAGAACUUCAAAUCUCUUGGUGUGGGGAGGAGUUUGGUAAAAUUGUUUUAAACAAGGAUGCAGGAGAUGCCAGUGGCCGUGGCAGUUCUCUUCAGCGCCAGCACUGCCUCCCCAGGCAGCUCUGCCUGUGUCCAUGCAGCUGAUCUCCUUUCUGCCUGCUGUCCCCAGUGCCACCAGUGUCACCUCCCAGCGGAUGACAAAGAAGCCAACAGACUCCUGCCAAACAAAGGAGACCAUGGACUCGGAAAUGAGAAAUUCAAACCUGUGGUACCUUGGCCUCAUGUUGAAGGUGUGGAAGUGGACUUGGAAUCCAUUCGAAGGAAAAAUAAGGCCAAAAAUGAACUAAAUCAGCAUGGUGUUGAUAACAAGCAGCAAAACAUCCUCCAGAGGCAGUAUCUCACAUUCAAACCUCAGACAUUUGCAUACCCAGACCCUGUGUUACGACCUGGAGUCCUUGGUAAUUUUGAACCCAAAGAGCCUGAGCCUCAUGGAGUUGUUGGUGGCCCUGGAGAGGAGGCGAAGCCAUAUGUCUUAGGGCCAGAUUACAAAGAAUCUGUUCAAGCUAGCAUUAAGGAGUUUGGGUUUAAUAUGGUGGCAAGCGAUAUGAUCUCGCUAGACCGGAGCGUUAAUGACCUGCGUCAAGAAGAAUGCAAAUACUGGCACUAUGAUGACAACCUGCUCACCUCCAGCGUUGUCAUCGUCUUCCACAAUGAAGGGUGGUCCACGCUCAUGAGGACAGUCCACAGUGUGAUCAAGAGAACACCAAGAAAAUACUUGGCAGAAAUUGUUCUGAUUGAUGAUUUUAGCAACAAAGCACACUUACAAGAGAGGCUGGAUGACUACAUAAAGCAGUGGAAUGGCCUUGUAAAGGUAUUUCGAAAUGAGAGGAGAGAAGGUUUGAUCCAAGCUAGAAGCAUUGGAGCCCAGAAGGCUAAACUUGGACAGGUUUUGGUUUACCUUGAUGCCCAUUGUGAGGUGGGAAUUAAUUGGUAUGCACCACUUAUAGCUCCUAUAUCUAAGGACAGAACCACAUGCACGGUGCCGCUCAUAGAUGUCAUAGAUGGCAACUCUUUUAAGAUUGUGCCUCAAGGGGGUGGUGACGAAGAUGGGUUUGCUAGAGGAGCGUGGGAUUGGAGUAUGCUAUGGAAGAGGGUUCCCUUGACCAAGAGAGAGAAGGAAAGCAGAAAGACAAAAACUGAACCGUAUCGGUCCCCUGCAAUGGCUGGUGGAUUGUUUGCCAUUGAACGAGAUUUCUUCUUUGAGCUGGGUCUCUAUGAUCCAGGGCUUCAAAUCUGGGGUGGUGAAAAUUUUGAAAUUUCUUACAAGAUUUGGCAGUGUGGGGGAAAGCUGCUCUUUGUUCCCUGUUCUCGUGUUGGACACAUCUAUCGUCUGCAGGGCUGGCAAGGAAAUCCACCCCCUGUGUAUGUUGGCUCUUCUCCUACAUUAAAGAACUAUGUCAGGGUUGUAGAAGUGUGGUGGGAUGAAUACAAAGAUUACUUCUAUGCCAGCCGGCCGGAGACAAAGGCGCUGCCCUAUGGAGAUAUAUCUGAGCUGAAGAAAUUCCGUGAAGAUCACAACUGCAAAAGCUUUAAGUGGUUUAUGGAAGAAAUAGCAUAUGAUAUAACUUCAUAUUACCCCUUACCACCCAAAAACGUGGACUGGGGAGAGAUUAGAGGCUUUGAAACCUCUUACUGCAUCGACAGCAUGGGGCACACCAAUGGUGGCUUUGUUGAGCUUGGGCCAUGCCACAGAAUGGGAGGAAAUCAGCUUUUCCGAAUCAAUGAAGCCAAUCAACUCAUGCAGUACGAUCAGUGCUUAACUAAAGGACCAGAUGGAUCCAAAAUUAUGAUUACACACUGUAAUCAGAAUGAAUUCAAGGAGUGGCAAUUCUUCAAGAAUCUGCACAGAUUUACUCACAUUCCGUCAGGGAAGUGCUUGGAUCGCUCCGAAGUCCUCCAUCAAGUUUUCAUUUCAGAGUGUGACUCCAGUAAAGCAACACAAAAAUGGGAAAUGAACAACAUCCUUAGUGUGUAGACAGACAAAACCUACCUACUGACGCAUUCAUUUGUACAGGACUGAAAAUAGCCUGAAAACUGCUGCAGUUAUUAACUUUGUACAGCUGUGAGCCUCCUGGCUUGGAUGAAGGACAUAGAGGAACUGUGAUUAUUACAAUAACAUUAUCAUCCGCAGUUAAUGUUUACAAAACUGCUUUACCUUAAACUCUGUAGAUGUUUACAUCUUUUUGUUUCAAGAUGUUGGUAAAUUAAUGUGCUGUUAGCUAUGGUUCAUAGGAACAUAGUUAAAAGCGUUGUCGUCUUCUUUGGGAUUACACUCAGGGGUCUGAAGGCAGUUUUUUUACACACACUUGAAAAGGUUGUAGUAAUCAGAUUUUCAUAGAACUUGGUGAUUAUCAACCUGUUGUAUAUUUUUAUUUAAUUUUACAUCUUACUAAGCACUGCCACAGGUUAUUAGCCAGGGUGGCCUUCUCUCACAAUCAUGCUGCUUUUUUGGAAGAUGAAUUUGAACAUAUUUAGUGCCUCUUUCAUUUCUCUCCUUCACAAGGAAAGCAUUUGUUGGAAAUUUGCAGUGGGUUGCUCUGAGCUGUCACCAGGGGUCAGGACCAGCCCUACCACCCUGUGUAAUUCGUGUGCUAACGAAGACAAAUUUCUAUUGCCAGUUUGGCUGCUCUGCUUCGACGGAGUGCUUGGUACAGUGGAAGGAAGACUGUCCAGUUUAGUGCUAAUGUGGUACAAUUUGAUGGAGGUAAGCACCCUCACAAAUCCAGUUAAGAAUUUAUAAGCACUAAUUUGCUUGUUUAAACCAUGCCUUACAUAAAAAUAAUUAAAAUAAACAGCAACAACAAAAAACAGGCUGCACAAUUAUGUAAAACUUGGAAAGAAUCAAAUACUUCAUUUAUACUGUUAUUUUGAAUGGAAAUCAGUUAGAGGUGGAAUAAAACUUAUAAUUAGGAAAAAAGCAUCCAGCUACUUAACACAUCUGCGUAAUUCAUCACAAGGACAUCUGUCAGCCAGUUUGGAUGCCAGAUUUCGAUUCCAAAAGAGAAAUGGAAAUCCUGAAAUCACACUUGUUCAUACUAAUCUUCUUGUUAUUUCUGUCAUUCACAACUUCUCCAGAGGGAUUACAAACACAAAAAGCCAACUGCUUGGUGCUACAGUGUACAGAGUAGAAUGUGAAGAAGUUGUUUCUAAAAAUAUUCUGGAAAGGAGUUGAUGCAAACUCCCUUAGGAAUAUAAAUAUUGACUCUGAACAAAUAGAGAGGUGGAGAGGAAAUGACUUAUCCUCACUUCCUUUGUCCAGAUUUUGUAAUUUAAAUGUUGACAUCAGUGUACUGAUUCCAUAACUGUUGUCCCUAUAACACGUCACACAAUUAAGUAUGACUAAAUACUUCCCUGAAGUCUAGAAUAGCAUUGCAUGCAGCUUCCAUUGAUGUUAACAAGGGUUAUGUAUCAUAUUUGGUGACAGACUUGGAUCUUUAUAGGGCUGUCAGCACUGAUCUAUUAGUUUGGGAUCUUUCCUAGUUUCUUUAAACUUCUAAUCUAUCCUUUCAGAGCUAUGAAAAAUAGAAAAUAAAGGAGGGAGAAACUGGGAAAAAAAAGGAAAAUAAGGUUUUGUGCUGGUACUUGUUCCUUGUGUGUGUGAAAACUGACUCCAUUUGUGUGUUGGGUAGAUUAAUUUAAUCAUACAACUAUGCAUAAGAGAAAGAAUGGUGGCACAUAGGUUGUGCGGGUGUGCAUUUUAAAUGGGUAUUAUGUGCAAUUCAUUGAAAGCUGAUGCUGUGUGUGAAUAUGAGUCUGUAUGUGAGACUGAAACCUUACAGAACAUGAGAUCAUAAGAAGCUGUUGCUGUAAUGACUUUUUCCUACCAUAGCCAGCUUGGAAAAAAAUAAUUCCCAUAUUCUUGCUUUGUAAGUUGAUGAUAAUAUCACUAUGCAUUUCUACAUAUUUUAUAAAUUUGAUUUAUGCAGAUUUUGAUACACUGUAUGUUUCUGUAGAAAUUGUACAAAUCUUUAAAAAAUUUAUUAGGGAAAAAUCUGGGAAACCUAUGUAUAUCUUACUCAUGGGUUGCUUGUUUUUUAGGUGAAGUAAAUAAAAUAUUUGAAUUUUUUGUUUUACUAUA